AUGUGGUCAGCAGGCGUUCUACAAGUUAGGCCAAAUCCGCCAGAAAAUGCAUUUUCCCGCUGCGAGGAUGAAAUUGAACUUGGUGAAUUAUUAUUAAAUCGUUACUGUGAACAAGCAGCAAUAAUUUAUGAUGAUAAAUCAAUUGAAAUACUUUCAUUGCAUGCCGAACAAGUACGAACACAUAACGGCUUCGCCUUUACAUCAGCAUUUGCCUUUGAAUCGUGCAUUAGAUUUAUUAAAAAGAAAGCUCAUGGAACUACACAGAUUGCAUAUUGGACAAAUCUGACUUGUAUGAUGCAUCCAAAUAAAACUGAACUAUCAACAACAACUGGUCUUAAUCAAAUUGACCUUCUACAUACAUCUAUCGAUCCAUUCAGACAAGUAUUGGUAAAUCUUCUCGUGAACAAACAGCAACAGCAAAAAAUUAAAUUGUUUAAACGUUAUAAAAAGUUUUUUAUUACUUAUCAUUCAAUUUUAUAUGAUCAGCGAUUUAGUUGUGCCAGUUAUAUAAUUUCGUUUGAGUCUGACCAACAAAAAACUGAUUAUGGGAAUGUUAUUCUGUUUUUAUCAUAUCAUGAACAAUAUUUCGUUUUUGUGCAACUAUAUGAGCGAACAAAAAAGCUAUUAUCACAAUACGUUACAAUUCCAGAUGAAAUUAAUAAUACCCUGAAUGAUUUAUAUCCUCUAGUUAGAUUAACAAAUAAUUAUUCUGUUAUAUCAGUUGAUAAAAUUAAACACAAAUGUAUUCGUACACAAUUUGAAGAUGCGUUUUGUAUAUCGGAAGAUCGUGUUGAUUUUGAGCACGAUUGA